AUGAGCAGGCUUCCGCUGCCAAUAUCGCACGACCAGUACGCGGGUUGGGCGCCCCGGCCCCUCACGUCGGUCUACACGCCCGAGAUCCCCAGGAUCACCAACCAGAUCUCGCGCGAGGAGAUGUGGAACGAGUACAUCAGGAAACGCAGGCCCGUCGUCAUCCAGGGCACCCUGUCCGACCCCGAGUGGGCGGGCGAGCGCUGGACGGACCUCGAAUACCUCCGCUCCGUGGCCGGCAACGUGCCCGUCAAGAUCGAGCCCAUCCAUCCCACGGCAGGCCACUUUGGCACCUCUGCGGCCAGAAAGACGGUCCCCUUCUCCGAGUACAUCGACAUCCUUCAAGAUCCGAGCCAGGCCGGGAAAUGGUACCUGACCACGCAGUACGACGACGGCGACGAGGGCGGCGAUGAAGACAACGACACGGGGUCAUCCUCCUCGAGCGAGGCUUCGGGAUCCGACCUGGCGACGCACGACGGGUCCAUCAUCGGAGCCCUCGACGGCGGCAAGGCCGACUUCAAGCCCGAGAUCGACACGGUCCUCCCGGCCCCCACCAAUGCGCUGUCAAACGACUUCCCCGCCAGGCCGGACCUGCUCGGCCAGCUGGUGCUCCAGCAGUGCAACCUCUGGCUGGGCAGCAGCAAAGAAGGAAAGAGCUCCGGCCUCCACCACGACUUCCACGACAACCUCUACAUCCUUCUCUCGGGCUACAAGCGCUUCCUCCUCUUCCCGCCCUCGGCCCACCGUCACCUCCAUCCGAGAGGCCAGAUCGAAAAGGUGCAUCCUAACGGCCUCAUCGUCUACACCGCUCCCGGCGAGGUACCUCCCUUUGCACCGGGAGCACGGCAGCGCCUCUCGAUCCGGCCCGACGGCCUGGUUCCCUCGGACGCCGCCCGAUGGCGCCGGCAGGCCCGGCUCCGGGUCAAGCAGGAGAUCGACGACCUCGCCGCCGCCGCCUGCGGCGAAGGUGAAAAGCACCGGCAGCAGCGAAAGGGCAAGGCCAAGCAGACGCACGCGCAGGAGCUGGCCGAGCAGGCGUUCCUGCAGGCCGAAGCCGAGCUCCUCCUGUGCAGGAUGGACGAAGAGGGCAUCGACCCCAACGCCAACACAAGCGACGAAGAAGACGAAGGCGACGAUGGCGAGAUCGACAGCGAGGACAACGAGCGCUCCGCCCGGCUUAGGAGGAUCAUGGCAGCCAGAGGGCUCACCUUUUCCAACGGCCGAGGGGGCAGCGACGAGGAAGACGAGGAGCUGAGCUCGGAAGACGACGUCUACUCGGAGAGCGAAGAAGAGGGCAGCCAGGACGGAAGGAUGGAAGACCUUCUCGACAGGGUGCCAGAAGAGCUGCAUCCGCUCGCCAGGCGCGCCUUCAUGGGCGACAAGGAGGCGAUGGACAUCUUCUGCCAGCAGGUCAACCGCCUCACAGAGGGCGCGCCAGGGUCUCUGGAUUCGGACUCUGACGAGGAUCCGACAGAGCGCAAGGCGCCCCCUCCGGAUCUAAAGAGGAUCCAUGGCCUCGAUGACGACUUCGACAGCGAUGGCGGCGGCUCUCCACCAUUCACGAGCUUUUCGGCAGAGGAACACGAGGACGGCGACCCUCCCAGCGAUGCCGAAUCGUCUGGCGGUGAACGAGAGCGCAAGAUGGCCGACGGCAAGAGCUCGCGCAAGAAGGUCAAGAUCGCUUCCGAGAUCCAGAGCAUCGAGGCCCUCCCGGGUCCAGACUCAGACGAAGGCAGUGAGGACGACGAGGACAUGGACGAUGACGGCGACGGCGACGGAUUUCCCGCUGUCGGCGACGACAUGGAUGACGACGAAGAUGAUGACGACAGCGGCGACGAUUCCGACGACUCUGGGCCACCGCUUUUCCCCGAGGCAGACUCUGGAUCCGAGUUUGGCGACGUCGACGCGGGCGAGGCGGAACUGCAACGGCUCCUCGCUCUGUCCGGGCAGGCCGACGACGACGACGACGACGACGACGACGGAAACGAUGCGGAAGACAAGGAGCCGCAGAGCUUCUCGCUGGUCCAUCCGCGGACGCUUCACGCACACUUUGGUAUUCCCGACGACCCCUGCCGCCCGCCCGCCGCUGCCGCCAGCAAUGGCUCGAGAUCAGGAUCGAGCACAUCAAAGGCCAAGGGCAACAGCAAGAAGAAGGCCUCGCGUGUUGCCGUUGAAGACGUGGAGCUCAAGGGUCCGCGGCCGCUGCUGGACUGCCCGGAGCCUUUUGAGGUGUUUUUGAGACCCGGCGAGAUGCUCUACCUGCCCGCCAGCUGGUAUCACGAGGUGACGUCGUCGUCGCUGCCGCCCUAUGGCUCGGACGAUGCCACCGCGGCCGACGAGGGCAGCAGCAGCAGCGGCAAGAGCGGUGCUGGCGCUGGUGCCGACCAAGGCUUCCACAUGGCGCUCAACUACUGGUUCCACCCUCCGGAUGCGCUCAAGUUUGAGCCGUCCAAGGCGGCCACGUCGUCGGGCACCAAUAGCGCUCCGAAGGCGCCUGGCACCGGGCAAGACACCGAGGCGCCCGGGGCGGUGCACGUGCCCGGGUUGGGGGUCGAGGUUGGGGAGAGCGCGACCGAGAACCUGCAGGGGGGGACGGGGUCGUGCGAGCGGCCGUACCGCGAUGCCGAAGUGUGGGACGAGGUGGCGCGCACCGUGUACGCCGAGGUGGCGCGGUGUCGAUCCGAGGCGGCGCGAUGGGCCAUGGGACGGGGUGGGAGCGAGGCGGAUGGCGCCAAGGGGGCGGAGGACAAGGCUUAG